AGGAACUGGCUAAAUAUGAAUACAUGGAAGAUCAAGUAAUGUUAACCGAGAAAGAUCUCCUAGAGGAUGGUUUUGGAGAACACCCCUUCUACCACUGCCUGAUUGCAGAAGUGCCUAAAGAGCACUGGACCCCUGAAGGUUACAGUCUCUAGCUUCGCCAUGUACAUGGCCCUUCUGUGUACAUGGAUGGGCGGGGAGGUAACUAAAAGAUCCUUUACACAAUAAAGUAGAUGAUCAUGAUAAAUGAGGACACAGCAUUGUUGGUUUCGCCAUGUACUAUUUUACCUAUGACCCAUGGAUUGGCAAGUUACUUUAUCUUGAAGACUUCUUUGUGAUGAGUGAUUACAGAGGGUUUGGCAUAGGAUCAGAAAUUUUGAAGAAUCUAAGCCAGGUUGCCAUGAAGUGUCGCUGCAGCAGUAUGCACUUCUUGGUAGCAGAAUGGAAUGAACCAUCUAUCAACUUCUACAAACGAAGAGGUGCUUCUGACCUGUCCAGUGAAGAGGGAUGGAGGCUCUUCAAGAUUGACAAAGAGUACUUGCUAAAAAUGGCAGCAGAGGAGUAAGGAGUGCCUUUGUAGACAAUGACAACCUCCAUUAUACUUUAGAAUAAAUUCUCAACUUAUCUUGCUCUCUAUCUUGUUUGUAGUGAAAUAAUAGCAUGAACACCAAUUCCAAAGCUUUAUUACCAGUGGCGUUGUUGCAUGUUUGAAAUGCAGUCUGUUUAAAAUGGCAGUCAUGUAUGUGGUUUGGAGGCAGAAUUCUUGAACAUCUUUCAGUGAACAACAAGGUGAUAUGAUCUUACUAUAUAGGAAAAACAAAACUUCAUUCUUGUGAGUCAUUUAAAUGUGUACAAUGUACACACUGGUACUUAGAGUUCCUGUUUUGAUUCUUUUUUAAUAAACUACUCUUUGAUUUAA